AUGGAUAACGUGGCUCUCCGCCGAGCAUUCCUGUCUUCUCGUUCGCUGAACGAAGAACUUGUUUCACAUGAUGAUUCUGAUAGUUCGACUACUUAUGAUCGAUCUCACGACACCAAUGAUGACUUGGAUGAACUAAAGCAGCUUUUCUUCCACUCGAGAUUGAAGCCGAAGUUUGACUGGGCCGGUCUGUGUUUGGAGAGACAGCACGACUUCAAGUUCUGGGCCAACGUGACUCAUACAUUUGGACUGCUCGUUCUGAAGAACAUCUUCAAUUCAAAUCUCCCAUUCGAAGAUUCGAACGAAUUACAGCGCAUGCUAGAGCUCGAUGAAGACCGCGUUUGUUAUGGCAAUUGUGUGGAAUCCGCUCGAUCAUCUGAUGCUGUAACUCACGCCGAUAAUUCUCUCAUGGAUUUUAAAACGCGUGUGUCGUUCAUUCUUCUGAGCGGGUUGCUAAGCAACCGCGUGCCAGGAUCCCUCCGGCUGAUCGUACGCUGUCAUGGAUACCAGUAUUUCGAGCACCGCAUCAGCGAACUUAUGAACGACUUCCCGAAGUUCGACGCAGCAGCGGUUUGUUUUAACAUGAAUGCACUGCGCAUUCUUCUUCCGUACCUUCUGGAACCGCAGUCGGUCAACCUGUCUAAUGUCUGUUACCGGUUCCUCACGUCGCGUUUCUGGAGAAUCAUGUGGCUAGACGUAGGUGUAGGUCUGAAACAGCAUCCAAGUACCGAGCGCGCACAGCUUUUCGGAACAUUCCUAGAGCUAGCGUCAACCAUAUGCUACGGCACGCGCUCCCCUGCACUGCUCAAACGGCUGUACGGAUCAUGCCUCAAAUCUCUCUGGGAUCCAAUUUUUGCGGUGCUUACGUGGCGUUUGGGGCCGAAAUUGCUAUGUAGAGUGCUAACUUUUGUUGCAGAUAUGCUAAUGAUGAGCUUCCAAGACAACUGCUUGGACAUGUUGGACGGGAACUUCCUGUCUAAACUAAUACAGUGCGCCAAAGAGGCGCAAUCAGACGGCGAGAGGUACCUGUCGCGGUAUUUACUGCAAACCCUGGACGACAGGAACGAAUUCUAUCACCAUUUUGCACGUAUAGCUGUGGACAUGUUGAGGGCACUUUUGCAGGCGCUAGCCAACGCUGUGGAAGGCCGUGUGAACGAGUGUGUUAGCGAUCUGUACGACCUAAGUUCGCUAGGAAUCGCAAAACUUAUUAUGCCUCCACACGCUGGUGACCGUGGAGAGGCACAUGUCAGAUUCGAUUACUCGGACACCCGUGUUUUCCCCCGCGUACUACCUUGUUUCAACACCGACUGCAGCAGAGUAUUCCACCUUGAUAUGCCACAACUGCACGUGGACAGUGAGACACCUGAAUUCCGCUAUUGCUCGCGGUGCGGAGUGCCAAGUUACUGCAGCGCUGCAUGUGCCGAUUCGCACUGGGAAGCGGGCCAUCGACAAGUUUGCAACUUCCUCCGCACGCCACCAACGUUUGCCAGGUUCAUAGCAUCGGUACCUGAUUCAGGCAACGUCAUGCUACGAACCUUUGACAACGAGUGCACGAUGACACCAGAGUUUGACGACGCUGGGAACGUGUUUACUGUGUUCUAA